UUUGUUUUUGUUCCCACCAAACUCCUCUAAUUCAGAUCAUGCUUUCCUUUAAAUCUCCGUUCUUCAAUUCUUCUCUGCCACUCUCAGAAUUCAUCAAAUUUCAGUGCUUUUGUUUAAUCUCUGGAAAAUCGAAACCUCUUCUUGUUUAAACGUAAACUGGACAUGGUCAGAUGCGAAAGAGUCAAUGUUAUGAGACAUUUUCUGAAACUUCAGUAAACUGAAUAUGGUCAGAUGCGAAAGAGUCAAUGUUAUAAGACACUGAGUGUUAAUAUGUGUGGAUACAUUCUUCUUCGAGUUCAUGCAUGACCGAUUACAGAAGAUCCCUUGGUUGGUUGUUGAAUGGAUAAACAAUUCAGAACGUUCUUUUGGAGAUUUUUCUAGGGUUAUCAUCCCUGAAAUCUGGUAGAGGGUAUUAUGGAAAAAAGGGAAACGGGAAAAGGAGAGGCAGUGGCAUCUGUAAAGGAAAUUUUUGGCCUUUCGGGACCUUUAUACCUCACUGCUGUUGAUUGGGAAAAUUUUAAUCACAGAAGAUCAGUUGCCGCAAGCUUGGUCCAAGGAGUGUCCAUUCAAGAACGGGACCGCCAACAGAGCCGCCAAGGCCACCAAUCUCAAGCUUCUCCAUGGUGGAACUUCUUCCACUUUCAAUUAAUCAGCCCACUUAUAGAUGAGGUUGAUUCCUCAAUCUUUGGCGCAAUUUAUCAAUACAAGCCAUUUGUUUUUCAUCACAAGGCCCCAAAAUAUGUUAUUGCCUUCCGAGGUACCCUAAACAAGCCAGAUUCCAGAUUAAGGGAUUUCAAGCUGGACAUCCAAGCCAUCCGCAGCAAACUUCAUCAAAGCUCCCGCUUUCAUCUGGCAAUGCAGGCUGUCCAAGAUGUAGUUGCAGUAGAAGGAGCAGCUAAUAUUUGGUUAGCUGGGCAUUCUCUAGGAUCAGCUAUAGCGUUGCUUCUGGGGAAGAAAAUGACCAGGCUAAAUUAUCCUAUUGAGACUUACCUUUUCAACCCACCAUUCGUUUCUCUCCCCAUAGAAAGUAUUGGUAAUCCAAUGGUGAAGCAAGGGAUUCGCAUUGCAAACAGUGUUAUUAAAGCUGGAAUUGCUGUUGCUGUGAAAGGCAAACACCAUAAUUCCCAAAGAGAUGGCUCUUUUUUUGCUUUAUCUAACUGGGUUCCUUACCUAUUUGUUAACCCAGCUGAUCAUAUUUGCUCUGAAUAUAUUGGUUAUUUUGAGCAUAGGAAAAAGAUGGAGGAGGUUGGAGGUGCAAAGAUUGAGAGACUUGCAACACAAAUUUCUUUAGGGAAUAUGAUAUUUGGUGUGCGAGAGAGGGAUUGCGAGCCCUCACAUCUGCUGCCUUCAGCUUAUCUGACUAUUAAUAUGAUUCAGACUCCGGAUUUUAAACGAGCUCACGGCAUUCACCAGUGGUGGGAUCCAAGUUUUCGUGGCCGGUCGGAGCUUCACCUGUUUAGGUAAUGUAUGGUAUUUUCUCUUGCUAGGAUCGCUUGGUGAAAGAAUUCUGUUUAAACAGGCUGAACGAAUCUGGUGGGAAAAUGUCAUGUGCACUUAAUUUUAAGUAUUCAAAUAAUAUUUUAUUAUGUGAUUAUAUAUUUUUUA